AUGUUGCGUAUAUUGGCUGUGAUGAGGCGAAACCUCGGGAGGAAGAGUCCGCGAGUAGCUGAUGAGAACAUGUUUGGAGAUGGGAAUGGAGCUGAAUUGCCAACCAUUGCACGCAACAUAGACAGACGAGGGCAAGGUAGGAACGGACUUUCAGUUAUAUAUGGCCUUUUACGAGCUCCGGUCUCGUUGAUCUCAUGCCUAUCGAAUCCCCAUAUCAACGUUGCCGAUGGAGUCUGGGUGUCCGGUGACUUAGCCCGGAUUUCUGAAGUGAAUCAUCUUAUGGUAAGCGACAGCAUGCGAUACGCCAUCUUGAUGUGA